AUGUCCUUGGAGGAAUUUGACGAAGUUAAAUAUGAUCAUUCAACUAAACGUCUAGAUACACCAUCAAGAUACUUGCUGCGCAAGGCCAGAAGGAACCCUAAUGGGUUGCAAGAACUGCGUGAGUCGAUGAAAUCAUCCACCAUUUACGUAGGAAAUCUUUCAUUUUAUACAUCAGAAGAACAAAUCUACGAAUUAUUCAGUAAAUGUGGUACGAUAAAAAGAAUAAUUAUGGGCUUGGACCGUUUUAAGUUCACGCCAUGUGGCUUCUGCUUUAUUAUAUAUAGUUGUCCAGAUGAAGCAUUGAAUGCCCUGAAAUAUUUGUCCGAUACGAAGUUAGACGAAAAGACAAUCACAAUUGAUCUGGAUCCUGGUUUCGAAGAUGGAAGACAGUUUGGUCGCGGUAAAAGUGGUGGUCAAGUCAGCGAUGAAUUGAGGUUUGAUUUUGAUGCUUCCAGAGGUGGCUUUGCCAUUCCGUUUGCAGAACGUGUUGGUGUACCACAUUCCAGAUUUGAUAACACUAGUUCACAAUCAAAUACGAAUAAUUACAUUCCUCCUCCCGAUGCUAUGGGUACUUUCAGACCAGGUUUCGAUGAAGAAAGAGAAGAUGAUAACUACAUACCUCAGUAG